AGCGGAAACCAUAAGGGGCAUCGUAGGAGAGUAAAAAACAUUCAGGUGUCUAAUCCUAAUAUUUCACUUUAUAUCGUUGAGCCUUAAACCGGCAGAGAUCGAGGCUGUGAACUCCAAUUGAGAUCCACGACAGCCGAUUUCGCAGGGAUCCGAUCUUUGUUCGUCCUUUGCGGCCGGCGCAGAAUCGCCGCCGACUCCGCGCGCCGGGGCCAUGGCUUCUGGCGCUGAGUAAAACCCGAAGGCGGUGCCACCGCGCGGCCGCUUCCUAGGCGGUGUUAUGCGUCUCCACGCCUCCAAGCUCGAUCUCCCCCUCCCGACGACCUCCUCGCCAGCCGCCGCCGUCUCCUACCUGCUCUACGAGCACUCGUCUCGCUCCCUCGCCCUAGUUCUCGACGACUUCUCCGCGUUCCUCUACCCUUCCCUCUCCCCGACGCGUUUUCCCGCACCCAACCACACCGCUGUUCCCCCGCCCUCCACCGCCGCUUGCUUCGUCCGCCUACUUCCCUCCUCCCGUGUCUUGUUCCUCACCGCUGCACCCCUCGCUGCCGGCUCCAGCAUCCAGCUCCGCGUUUGGAUCCUCCUCUCCCGCGGAGGCUCCGCCGCCUCCGCCUUCAGCCCCGCUCGCCUUGACUUCAGAAACGACCGCGGCCGGUUCUCUGUCGCUCUCGGCCUCCGCCACGGGCACACGGUACGGCUCGCUGGAUCGGCUAACGUGUUUGUUAUCCACUCGGUCGCUGCUAAUCAGAUCUGGGUUUUCGCCGCGAAGAUGGCUGCGGCGGAGGAGGCCACCGUCCAUCUCAUGAAGUGCGCAGUGGUAGAGCUCUCGCUUCCGAUCUACUCGAUCACGGUUUCGAUGGGAUUUAUGCUCCUGGGAGAGGUGGACGGCGUCCGGGUCUUUCCUUUGCGACCGCUGAUCAAGGGCAAGCUGUCGAAAUCUUGCGUUUCAACCAUCAAGAAGGCAACUGCAUCAACCGGGGAUCUCUACAAGAAAAUUUUGCCAAAUGGAUUGAUGAUUCCCAAGAAUUUUAUCAAGAGCUCGUUGAUUCCUGAAGUCGAAGAAAAGACUGAUAAGCUUAAGACUGUCAGAGUGACACAAGACUCAAGUGAUCCCUACUCAUUUUUUGUGUUCAUCAAGCCUGCUGAAUUGCAAAGUUAUAAAGGCAGUAAAUCAACUCCCUCAUCAUUAAAAGCAGUUCGCAUCCAUGUUCUGUCAGAGAAGAAAUAUUUGAUCUUGGAUUCAGCUGGUGGUUUACACUUUCUGAAUUUUAAUGAAAGUGGUGGAAUGGCACUGGAACUCAAUGCUCAGUCAUCUAUGCCUUUCAAUUAUGCGCAUGCAUGCCAACUAAACAAUGUCAUGGAAGUGCACUUUUUGUCUGUUCUUCCUGAUAUUUCUUCAGAAAUACAGUAUGCUUGGCUAUCAGACGGAGAGUAUUCCAUACAUUUGAUCUCACUGGUAGAUGCUGAAACUGCUGAUGAUGAGAUUGAUAAAGAUGGGAGCAAGGAAAAAUCUACUGUCCUUUCAGCUGUGGGAGCGAUAUUUACAAAUGAAAAGAUUCAAGACCUUGUGCCUAUUUCCUCGACUUUAUGUCUUGUACUUUGUCGAGGAAACAUGUUUAUUUAUGGAGUUGCUUGAGCAAAUUUAUGUCUGUUGGAGGUUGGUUCUAUAUUCUAAAUAUAUUGUGAAAUUUAAGAUGCAUGUUUAAGGGUUAUAUCCUUCAACUUCAUUGACUUUUUAGGAACAAGUGUGCAACCCUACUUAAGCUGUUGGCAAUAGCAGUUAGUGAUUUUAAUAUAAUUGGUUUUUGCUUUUCUACCUUAUAUAUUCAUUUAUUAAUUCUAUUCCUUUGCCUUUGUUUCCAUGGAAUGAAGGAAAAACUUGUCAGGGCAACUUAGAAACUUAAAUUUCUAUGCUUACACGGUUGCUUUAUGGAGCAAUCUUGAGUAAGAUAGGUUGGCAGUCAUGCGGUCAUAUCAUGUUGGAUUUCUUUCAUCAACCUAUCUUUAAGUCAUGAGCUACUUUAGACUUCUACCUUCAGUAUCAAACUCUAGCUUAUGACUUC